AUGAUACCGGCUCGUACAAUCGUUAUCAAACUCGGUACAUCGUCCCUCAUUGACGAAACUACUCAUGACAUACAAUACGACAUUGUUGCUGGCGUAGCAUCUACAGUUGCAGCUCUGCGGGAUGGGGGGUACAGAGUUGUCCUCCUAAGUUCUGGAGCAGUGGGGUUUGGGUUGCUACGGAUGGGUCUUCCAUCACGUCCUAGCAGCCUAUUAGGCAAGCAGGCACUCGCAGCAAUUGGCCAAGGAGAGGUGAUGUCAAUGUGGUCAAACGUCUUUUCCCAGCGAGGCAUUGCUGUGGCCCAGGUCCUGCUAACACAUGACGACAUUGCAUCACCGAAACGCUACGACCACGCCGUCAACACAUUCAACGAACUCCUCUCCAUCGACGUAGUUCCCAUCGUCAACGAAAACGACACCUUGUCCACCAAGGAAAUUCAAAUAGGUGAUAACGACACCCUCGGCGCAAUAACGGCAACUAUGGUCCAUGCCUCCUACCUCUUCCUGCUCACAGACGUAGACUCGCUCUAUGCGAGUAAUCCGAAACACGAUGUUCAUGCUUCGAGGAUUGAUUUGGUGACGAGUAUUAGCUCGCUCAGAGAACGACUCGAUUUCUCCGACCUCGGCGCUGGUUCCGCAAACGGCACUGGCGGUAUGGCGACCAAAUUGCGCGCUGCGGAAAUCGCAUCCGCAGCGGGCAUAUUUACUGUUAUUGCGUCCUCAUCACGGCCGUCCGUGGUCAGUGAGAUUUUGGAGUACUAUGAUGGUGAGAGAAUGGGCAAUGGUGCUUCAUCGGAAUCCAGUGGGGACACAGAGGAUGGGAGGCCGCUACAUACGCUGUUCUUUCCGGAUCCUUGCUCGAGAAAGGGGAAUGGGUUGAAGGCGGUAGGGCUUGAGAUCCCUCCAUUAAUGAGCUGA